AUGUCCUCUGGAUUUCUUCUUUCAAUACUGCUGCUCACAGUAGGAAGUGCCUACAGUCAACAAUGCAAAGCUGAUGAUGCCAGUUGCACUGCCGACGGUUUGACCAAAAUCCGUCUCGGUUUGGAAUGGUUCACAAAUCCAGAUCAUUUGCCCUUGGUAGUGGCCCAAAAGCAUGGUAUUUUCCGUGAAUUCGGAUUAGAUGUCGAGCUAGUGGAACCCAAGGAUCACUGGGAAGCUGAAGAAGAAAUCAUAGCAGGUCGUUUGGAUGUGGCUGUUACGGAACCCCUCCACUUGGCUCAAGAUGCUGCCAAGGGCAAGCCUGUCGUUGGAUUUUCUCGAUUCUUGCACACUGACGGUGGAAUCUUGUACGAUGCAGGCAAAGGCGAUAUCACUCGACCUGCUGAUAUGUGUGGAAAGACCAUUUCCUAUCCUGGGUCUCCCGGACCAGGAGGACCAGCUAUUGUCAAUACCAUGGUCAAGGCCGAUGGCAAGCAGGAUUGCGAUUUGGACUCAUAUGGCAAGCACAAUGGAGGAUUCUUCCAUACGGACGCUCUUCAGUCAGGAAAGGCUGAUGUGGCAACCCUCAUCUUUUGGAACUUUGAAAUACCAGAGGCAAAAGCAAAAGGCAUGGAACAAGCAUCCUUCUUUUCCUUGAAAGAGUGGGGUGUUCCUGAUUUUUGCCAGUUAGUUCUCAUGACGACUCCCGAUCGUUUUGAAGAACGAAAGGCCACCUUUCGCAAGCUGGUCUUAGCCAUGCGACGAGCCACUGGUCUCAUUCAUCAACAGCCCAACUUGGCUCGAUCAUACUACUACGACUAUGUCAAGAAGGAAGAGGCAGAAGAGACGCAACAAGAUGUCAUUGACGCCACCUUCACUGCCACUCUUCCUGCCUUUCCGAACGACAACAACAUGGCCAAGGAGUACUACGAUCACCUCAUGAGUUGGCUGAUUGAAACCAAUCAGGUGGAUGCGAAGAAAGCCUCGAAAGUCGAAGUCUCAUCCUACUGGACUAACGAAGUUUCAUGGUAA